CCCCUGCACUGUGUCCGCAGUCUCCGCUCAUCCCCUGCACUGUGUCCGCAGUCUCCGCUCAUCCCCUGCACUGUGUCCGCAGUCUCCGCUUAUCCCCUGCACUGUGUCCGCAGUCUCUGGUCAUCUCCUGUACUGUGUCCGCAGUCUCUGGUCAUCUCCUGUACUGUGUCCGCAGUCUCUGGUCAUCUCCUGUACUGUGUCCGCAGUCUCUGGUCAUCCCCUGUACUAUGUCUGCAGUCCAUUGGUUCAUUUUUUUUUUCUUGUGCGUCUUAU